AUGUUGAAGCACGCGGUUCGCAGGAACAUGGAGACAAGUCCCUGGGAGACGCGACGGUUGGACAGCCCGCCCCCUCAGCAAAGCAGCCGACGUUUAGUGCAGAAGCAGGGCCCAGCCAAGAGGGGAGACUUUGAGAAGGCACCAGGCGCUUACACUUUGCAUUGGUUGUGCAUUGGUGGCAUGCGAGGCAUCAAGUGCAUGAUCAGCGAGACCUCCCUGCUGGACCCGAUGGAGGGCAUCCGCUACCGGGGCCGCACGCUGCAGGAGUGCAUGGAUCAGCUGCCCAAGGCCCCCGGCAGCAAGAUCGGCCUGCCCGAGGCGUCUUUCUGGCUUUUGCUGACAGACGAAAUCCCCACAGAUGCCGAAGUCAAGGCCCUCAACGAAGAGCUCCACAAGCGGUCUGCGCUCCCUGCCGACGUGGUCAAGCUGAUUGACAGCAUUCCCAAGGACACCCACCCCAUGACACAGCUUGCCAUGGGGCUGCUGGCAUUGCAGCCGACAAGCGAGUUUGGCAAGGCCUACCGGUCAGGCACACUGAAGAAGUCUGAGUACUGGCAGGUCACCUUGGAGGACGCCCUGUCCCUGGUGGCCAAAGUCCCCAUCCUUGCUGCGCGCAUCUUUUGCAACGUCUUCAAGGAUGGCAAGCACAUCCCCAGCGACCCAUCCCUGGACUGGGCGGGCAACUACGCGAACAUGCUGGGUGUGAACGACAGCGACAAGUUCAAAGACAUCACUCGUCUGUACCUGAUGCUCCAUGCCGACCAUGAGGCGGGCAACGUGUCGGCGCACACCACGCACCUGGUCGGCAGCGCUUUGAGCGACUCGUACUACUCCUUUGCUGCGGGAGUCUGCGGCUUGGCGGGUCCGCUCCAUGGCCUGGCCAACCAGGAGUGCCUUCGCUGGCUGAAGAACACGCAUGCGACGCUGAAAGGACAGGAGCCAACAGUGGAGCUGUUGACUGACUUUGCCAAGGAAACCCUGGCCUCGGGGAAGGUGAUCCCUGGCUUCGGCCACGGUGUGCUGCGCAAUACCGACCCGCGCUACACGAUCCAGCGCCAGUUCGUCCAGGAGAACUUCCCUGACGAUCCCCUGGCGAAGCUCGCAGAGGUCUGCUUCCAGGCCAUCCCGCCGGUGCUGGAGGCCACUGGCAAGGUGAAGAACCCAUGGCCAAACGUGGACGCCUUGUCGGGCACCUGCAUGCAGCACUACGGCUUGGACCAGGAGGACUACUACACCGUGGUGUUCGCCGUCUCUCGUGCCCUGGGAUGUACCUCCAACCUUGUGUGGUCGCGACUCAUGGGGCUUCCCAUCGAGAGGCCGAAGUCCGUCACCCUGGAUUGGCUGAGCAAGAACGUGAAGUGA